GAUGACUACAAAAUGUUGGAGUCGUUUGUAAUAAUAAUUAAGAAAUUUUCUGAUAAUAAUUGCGAUCUAAUAACCGAUUAUCUAUGGGAUAACGUUAUACACAAUCUUAUGAUGAUCACCAUUUGGUACAACAACUGUUCACAAAAUAGUUGGCAAAAAUAUUACCAAUUAUUAACUGAAAACUAUAUUAGAGCGCUAAAGACAUCUAAUGAUUCAAUAAAAGCUAAGAAUUUGUUUCCAUUAGUUGGUGUCUUCAAUGAGCUGCUAUUCAGUACAAGAAAUAGUCGAUACACUGUUAUAAUGAAUGCCAGACUGACCUUCCUCUUCACUGUUACCAAUAGUGACGACCAAUACGAGACACUUCAUCGGACAGUAGAGCUACAGAAAAGCGAUGAAAAGCGAAAAAAUCAAUUUCAAAGAGUAUUGGAGAGAAAUGUCGGUAAUAUUAUGAUCUUCAAGUUGUUGCUUAAGAUUAUAAUCAGCGGACAUAUCAAACCAUAUGAACCAAUGCCACUGGAAGACCGACUCCGGGAUAUAGUCCUACUGUUCAGUGGCUUAUCAGUAGAUAAGUUGUUAGAAAUUUUGGUCAAAUGUUUUACAAUAUAUGCAAACAAUUUUCAAAAUUUCAAGGAUUCUUAUAUCACUGACAAUCGUGUUGUCAAAUAUAUUAUCAAAGAUUUGUCACUUAUUGAAGACUAUUUUGUCGAAAUUAUGCCGAUUUUUAUGAAAUAUAAACCAAUACUAAACAAAUUGUUUAUAAUUGAAAGCCAUCUGAAUGUUUGGUUCAAUGAAAACAAAGAGAAUCUAUUGUCUAAAGAAGUAGUGGUUAAGAGUAGUAGUAGUGGUAAACGAAAGAAGAAACUUAAGACUUAUAGUAAAUAUAAUAAAAAAGUUAAGAUUGAAAACCAUUGCACCAAUUAAUUGAAUGAUAAUAC